AUGAUGGAAAAUCGGAAGCCCUUUUCUCUGAAAACGACAUUAUUUUAUUGGAAUGGUGCACUAGCCAUCUUCAGCAUUCUGGGAUUGAUCAGAUUCGGCGAGGACUUUCUACAAUCGCUUUACAAACAUGGCUUUUACCGAUCCGUGUGUUAUUCUUGCCAUCCAAAUGAUGUUGCAGCUUUUUGGAGCUUUCUAUUCGCUAUAUCAAAAAUUGUUGAACUCGGUGACACGAUGUUUAUUGUUCUGAGAAAGAAACCAUUAAUAUUUCUGCAUUACUAUCACCAUGCCGCUGUCCUCAUUUAUACGAUACAUUCUGGUGCCGAACAUACAGCUCCGGGUAGAGCUUUUAUCUUUAUGAACUACCUAGCACAUUCAGCGAUGUACUCUUAUUACGCCAUAGUCGCAUAUGGUCUGCGAUUACCAAAAUGGGUCUCCAUGGCAGUCACUACCAUACAAACAACGCAAAUGCUGGCUGGAGUUUGUGUGACCUAUGCUGUAUACAGAAUCAAAACGGAAACAAAUCUUCCGUGUCAACAAUCCAUGGUAAAUCUUUACCUGGCGUUCAUCAUCUACGCCACAUUCGCUGCGCUCUUCCUGCACUUCUUCUAUCGAGCAUACAUCGUCAAAUCGAGAAAGUCUAAGGCUGAAUAA